AUGGCUGCUCUCGCCACUGUGAAUACCCCACCUCCGACUCCCCAGCGGCAACAGGUGGUCCCAACCACCAGCCCUGGAAAACAGCCGGACUUGCUUCAAAAACUAGCCGUUGCCCGUCUCAAACAUACAGUGUCCGAAUUGGAAGACCAGGUUGAAUUUGACCGGCGCAACAAUCCCAUUCCUCCUCCCAAGCCAACCACUCUCCAUCUUGUCCCAGAUUGUUCCGCCCUCACGACAUCUAUUACCGAUAUUAAAGCCUAUGUUGCUGAGGAAUCCGCUAAGGUCACCGUUCCUCUAUGCGUCCUCGAUGCCCUGGAUGCCUUGAAAAGAGGCAGCGAAAACGAAAACGUCAAUGCCCGAGAAACCGUUCGCUGGUUCGAUCGUACUAUUGGCAAAGGAACCGCUGAUAAGGGUGUAAAAGUACAAGCGCCGACAGAGAUCUAUGGAAAGUGGGAAGAGUGUCUCGAGUGGUACAGUCCGUUGACAACUACGACUAGCAGUGGAGAGGAGUUUUCGUUCGCUUCGCCGCUCGCAAUGACGGAAUCUCAAAUGCUCGCCCAGGCGGACGAGGGUCUGAAUGGGCUUUCGAUUUCUCCAUCUCCGCCAGGGAGCCCACCAAUUGGCGUCUCUGCUACUCCGUCUAUGCCACCCCGUAUCCUCAAGUCCGCAAAUACCUUCCAUUCCGGACCUGGUGUUCCGAAACCUCACAUAUCCCUUCCGCGAUCUACUACUAUUCCGCUCCAGGAUCCGCCUAGCCCCACUUCGUCACUUCACGCCCCAGAGGUACCAAAAAAGAUCCAACCAAUCAUCAACUGUGCUCUAGAGAUCCUUCACUCUGAAAAGACCGAAUUUUCGAAGAAAUCUGAAGGCGUCUUCUUUCUAGUGACUAACAAUCCUGAAACUUCACACUGGGCCAAGUCUUUCGGCAUUCCAUCCUUGAACACUAAGGAACUCGCUGGAAAGAUUGCCGAAGAGAAGCGUUUAUACAAAUCUAAGAAGCGCGAUUGGGAACACGUACAUUCGCCAAAGUCGAGCCAACCAGUCCUUGAUGCGAACGAUUUUAGAAAUAGGGACUUGCGCAAAAGUCCAAAGAAUACUUUUACUCAACCUUAUUUUCAAGGUGGGCGCGGUGACGGGACUCCCGGUGGUCGACAGAACCCUUCCCGGGACGGGACGCCUCACGAUAACCAGCAAUCACGGCGACGAAACCGAAAUAACCAGAAUGCGCGAGCAGGAGGAGGAGCAGUAAACGGUAACAAUGGAACGAAUUCCGCUCGGGGUGGGCGUGGAGGAUAUCACGGCGGUUUUGGCAGGAACACUCCUGCCUCCAUUCUGCAAGAGAAGCCACCAAACGGCAAUACCUACAGCACUUCUCCUACUCAAUCCCAUACCCACAAUGGACAUCAGAAUUCUCGUCGUGCUCCACAGCAAAUUCUUGGUAGGGGCCAAUCAACUACAGAUGCGGAGCAUGAGUACGUCCUUGGGAGGGGUGCCAACAGAGGUGUCGCAAGGGGUAAAGGGAAGCUUUGGGUUCCUUGA